GGCUGUGAGCUCAUCCUCCCUGCAGGGAGCAGGAUGGACAGAGCAGCCCCCAGCCUCUGCAGCCAACCUGGGAAAUGCAGCUUCAGCCUUUCCUGCCUCCCUUAGGCUGCUCCAAGUCUCCUCUCCUCGGGGGCUGCGCACGCUGCCCUGACCUUCUGAACCUCCUUAACUGUGCUCGGACAGGGAAUAGAUCUGCUCCGUUGUGGUUUGGACUGCGAGCAAGGAUGAAUAAACCAAAGCAUUGAAGGUCAUUGUCCAGCAAGAUCAUUAUCCACCUGCACAAGGCAAGUAAGAAAAUGUAGAGGGAGGGAGGCAAGGACAAGAAGCCCGGAGCAAGCACUGGGCCAGGGGCCUCUGGGCAGGACCUCCCCUCCCUGCGGCGCAGCCUCACCAUGUCCAAGAAGGGCUCCAGCAGCCGAGCUCGGGGGGAGAAGCCGGACGCCUUGGCUGCCUUGCAGGCUGCCAAUGAAGAGCUCAGGGCCAAGCUCACCGACAUCCAGAUAGAGCUGCAGCAGGAAAAGAGUAAGGUCAGCAAGUUGGAAAGAGAGAAAAACCAGGAGGUGAAGCAGAUCAAAGAGCACGAACAGCAUAAAAGUACAGUGGUGGUGACAGAGCUCAAGGUCAAACUUCAUGAAGAGAAAAUGAAGGAGCUCCAAGCUGUUCGAGAAACACUCUUGAGGCAGCACGAAUCUGAGCUGCUUAGAGUAAUAAAAAUUAAAGACAAUGAAAUCCAGAGACUGCAAACCCUGCUCAACUCAGUACGUGAUGGGGCUCCCGACAAGGUCAAAACGGUGCUGCUGUCAGAGGCCAAGGAGGAGGCCAAAAAGGGCUUUGAGGUGGAGAAAAUCAAAAUGCAGCAAGAGAUUUCUGAGCUGAAGGGGGCUAAGAAACAAGUGGAAGAGGCUUUAACCAUGGUCAUCCAGGCUGACAAAAUCAAGGCAGCAGAGAUAAGGAGUGUCUACCACCUGCACCAGGAGGAGAUCAGCAGGAUCAAGAGGGAGUGUGAGAGGGAGAUCCGUAGGCUGAUGGAGGAGAUUAAGUUUAAAGACAGAGCAGUCUACGUGCUGGAGAGAGAGUUAGGGGUUCAAGCCGGGCAUGCUCAGAGACUGCAGCUCCAAAAGGAGGCUUUAGAUGAACAACUUUCCCAGAUCAAAGAGUCUGAUCGGCAUCUGAGCAGCCCCAAACGGGAACUUCCUUAUCCAAGUGGUGCAGGAGAUGCUUCAGAUCAUUCAGGAAGCCCUGAACAGCAGUUGGAUGAAAAGGAUGCCCGGCGCUUCCAACUGAAAAUUGCCGAGCUGAGCGCCAUCAUUCGCAAGCUGGAGGACAGGAACGCGCUGCUGUCCGAGGAGAGGAACGAGCUGCUCAAGCGCCUUAGAGAAGCUGAAAGUCAGUACAAGCCCAUCUUGGACAAGAACAAGCGCCUUAGCAGGAAGAAUGAAGAGCUGUCCCACGCCUUACGGCGGAUGGAGAACAAACUGAAGUUUGUGACCCAAGAGAACCUCGCCAUGAGACAAAGAGCAGGAUCAAUCAGGAGACCAAGCUCCUUAAAUGACCUGGAUCACAGCCAGGAGGAAAGAGAAGUUGACUUCCUGAGACUACAAGUUAUUGAACAGCAAAAUAUCAUUGAUGAGCUCUCCAAGACCCUGGAAACUGCUGGCUACGUGAAGAGCGUUAUGGAACGUGACAAGCUGCUGAGGUAUAGGAAGCAGAGGAAGAAAAUGACCAGAAUUCCCAAGAAGCCAGUGGUGGAGACAUUUUUUGGCUACGAUGAAGAAGCUUCCUUGGAGUCUGAUGGUUCCUCUAUCUCCUACCAAACUGACCGGACGGAUCAGACCCCUUGCACUCCUGAGGAUGACUUGGAAGAGGGCAUGGCCAAGGAGGAGACGGAGCUGCGGUUCCGGCAGCUGACCAUGGAGUACCAGGCUCUGCAGCGAGCCUAUGCCCUAUUGCAAGAACAGGUUGGAGGAACACUGGAUGCAGAACGAGAAGUUAAGACACGUGAGCAGCUCCAAGCAGAAAUACACCGGUCACAGGCUCAGAUAGAAGACCUGGAGAAGGCUCUGGCUGAGCAGGGGCAGGAUAUGAAGUGGAUUGAGGAGAAGCAAGCACUGUACAGAAGAAACCAAGAACUGGUAGAGAAGAUAAAACAGAUGGAAGCUGAGGAAGCUCGCCUAAAACAUGAUGUCCAGGAUGUGAAGGAUCAAAAUGAGCUCUUGGAGUUCAGGAUCCUGGAGCUUGAGGAGAGAGAAAGACGAUCGCCUGCCAUCAACUUCCACCACGGCCCCUUUACGGAGGGGAAAAGCCCUCUCCAAGUCUACUGCGAGGCAGAAGGUGUAACAGACAUAGUAGUAGCAGAGCUGAUGAAAAAGUUGGACAUUUUAGGGGAUAACGCCGUAAGUAACCUGACCAAUGAAGAGCAAGUAGUUGUCAUCCAAGCAAGGACAGUCCUCACCUUGGCUGAAAAGUGGCUCCAGCAGAUAGAAGUGACCGAGUCUGCACUGCAGCAGAAGAUGCUGGAUCUUGAGAAUGAAAAGGAGCUGUUCAGCAAGCAGAAGGGCUACCUGGAUGAGGAGCUGGACUUCAGGAAGCAGUCCUUGGACAAAGCUCACAAGCAAAUUCUGGAAUUAGAAGCCAUGCUCUAUGAUGCCCUGCAGCAAGAAGCUGGAGCCAAAAUCUCCGACCUUCUUUCAGAAGAGGAGAAAGAGAAGCUGAAGAGUGCUGUAGAGCAAUGGAAGAGGCAGGUCAUGAGUGAGCUCCGAGAGAGGGACGCCCAAAUCCUGCGCGAGAGGAUGGAGCUCAUCCAACACGCACAGCAGAGAAUUAAAGAGCUAGAAGAAAGAAUUGAAGGCCAAAAAAGACAAAUAAAAGAGUUAGAGGAAAAGCUUUCAUUCUUUGGUCAUAGCCCUUCAGGCCACAUGCAAAAGCCUUCUGAGGAAGCUACAAUGGCUUCUGCUGCUGCUGACGAGAAGACAGCAUGGACUACCCAGCCAGAAAAAGAGACUUUGCCAUCUAAGAACCCCCAAAUAUCUCUCUUACUUUGCUCCUGGCAAUGGCAGGUGCAAUCUCUGUGGCCCUUUCAGACUGAAGCUGAACUGGGGUAGGUGGCAGGUUCUGCCCAGGUGACAUCUGCACUGCUGGCACCUCGGACUGAGCUCUUUGAAAAGCCAGAACAAUACCAACCAAGAAGGAGAAGGAAGCAAAAAGAAACCCUCCCCCUCCUACAGCCACAGGCUCCUUCCUGGGGUCCUGGCUCUGCUGCUGGAAGCAGCUCAGCUCUGCUUCAGGAGCGAUUCCUUCGUUCAGAUCAGCUGAAUAGAUUCUGGUUCCCUGCUAAGCAGGCAGUCAACUGCUUCUUUGUAGAAGUGACCACGUCCUGGUUUGUGUGUCGUGCAUUGCUGUUUGGUAUUCAUAGCUGCUGCAGCAUCUGGCUUGGAAGAAGAUGAUGAUUUGGGGAAGAGUUCCCGAGGAGUAACUCAUGGAAAGAUUGCUGUGAGUGAAGGUGGAGUUGAUUGUCCCAAGGUAUUGACUCGUGACACAGGCUGUGUCCCAUGCUUUGUGGAAUAACCCACAAGCCCAGUUUGAGCUUGAGGAACACAGAACCUGAGAAUUGUUUUGGUGGGGAAGACCUCUAAGAGCAUCGAGUCCAGCUAUCAACACAACACCACUGUGGCCAUGAAACCAUGUCCCAGAGUGCCAUGUCCACAUGUUUCUUGGACACCACCUUGGCCAUGAAACCACGUCCCAGAGUGCCAUGUCCACAUGUUUCUUGGACACCACCUUGGCCAUGAAACCAUGUCCCAGAGUGCCAUGUCCACACGUUUCUUGGACACCACCUUGGCCAUGAAACCAUGUCCCAGAGUGCCAUGUCCACACGUUUCUUGGACACCACCAUGCGGCUGUAAAGGACAUGAAGCUUUGAAGGACAUGGAGAAUAUGAAGGACAUCAAGCUCUAGGAUUUGGGGAGUUUUCAGUAGACCAUGGCCCACAGCAUGAUGAGAAAAACAGCACAAUAAGUCAUCAUUUGCUGCCCCUGGAUGAUGCCAAAAGGCUUCACACUGCCCCAGCAAGAAAUUUUGACCCAGAAGAGCAAGCAUAAACUGCAUCAUCCCUGAUCCACACACUUUGGGCUGGACGAGGUGGCAAGGGGGAAGAGAUUUUAUCACCUUCAGGCAAAGGAGCACAAGAGCCCAAGCCCAGGGGAUCAGCACAGGAACCACUGAAGGAAAAAGGAUCCUCUGGAAAACCAGGGAAAACCCAGAAGAGAUCCCCCAUAGGAAUCACCAGAUAGGAAAUGCAGCCAGGUCACAAAAAUGGGGCUGCUGGGCAAUGUCAAGAGCAAGCUCCUAUCUGCAGCCCUCCAUGGCUGCAGAGCCACAAUGGUCCCAGGGGGCAGGAUGGUGGUGGAAGAACUUCUCUUGGAAGCACCUGGCAGGAAAAGCAGAACUCUUGACAGGUUCCUGCACCACCCCCCAAAGCUUCUGCUGGGUUUGAAAAGCUGUGAAGAAAAUCCCCUGACACUGAAAAUUCUACCAACUCUCUGUGGAUCACCUGCUUUAAACUGGACAGUGAGCAGCAAAGGAGCUGAGCUGCAAAGAUGAGAGGAGAUGAGCUGGUCAGGAAGAGUUACAGUGAUGCUGGAGUGAGAUGAUGUUUAACUCAGAGAUUGUGGAUUUGUCUCAGCUUGUGGUGGGAUUACAGAAGUCAUUUUGGACAUUAGGAGGAAGUUCUGCACACUGAGAGUGGUGAGACACUGGAUCAGGUUGCCCAGAGACGUGGUUGAGGACCCAGCCCUGGAGACAUUCAAGGUCAAACUUGAUGUGGCCCUGGGCAGCCUGCUCUAGUUGGAGGUGUCCCUGCUGAGUGCAGUGAGGUUGACCAAGGUGACAUCUGAGGGUCCCUUCCAACCUGAUGCAAUCUGGGACUCUCUGUAACGUAACAAACUCCAGUUCUCCCAGACACCAACACCAGGGUUACAUCAGUGAGCUGCAUUUUUAACCUCUCUAUUUCAUGCUCAAAACGUGUCCACUUUGUGUCCUACUUUAACGCUCCAUGGCUUAAAUGUUUUGCUUCCCUGGAAAAACUUUGAGCAGUAGUGAGGGAGCUGCAGCCUAGGGCAGGAACAACCUGGUCUAGGCCUUGGGCAACCUGGUCUAGUGGAAGGUUGUUCCUGACCAUGGCAGGGGGGUUGGAACUGAGUGGUUUUCAAGGUCCCUUCCAACCCAAACCAUUCUAUGAUGAUUCUAUGACUGAUCCCUUGCUGGGAAUCUGCAGGAAUGGGCCAUGCCAGCAUCUCUGGAAAGGCCCUAAUGGGAUGACUGGAGUGCAGCCAAGCAUCCUGGGGCACUGGGAAUUCUGUCAUGGUACCCAGGGCACUGCUGGGGAUGGGCAUGGGGACCUCCAGUGUGUUUGGAAGUGGCCAGGGUCCACCUCAUCGCUGUUUACCCAGGCUGUGCUUCUGCACCCUGUGUGUCUGGAGCUUCAGUUCCAUUUCCUCCUUAGAUAGACUUCAUCAUGGUCUUUAACUCAGAAGCUACCUGCACAGGCCAGGUGUGGCUGUAAAUAAGGGACUGUGCUGAGUAUCUGUUCAUAUUUAUCUGUAUAAAGAGCUGUACAUAGGGGAGAAGACAGCGGCCCCAGGAAUGUCUCCAGACCUGUUUCCCUCUCUCCAGUGCACAGGUGGGCGUCUGCCCAAAUGUGCUUCUGGACUCCAGCAUGAGGGGUGUGCUCCAUUUUCAGUCCCCUUGUCUCUGACCCCAGUGAGCUCUGGUACCAUGAGUUUGCACAAUGAGUCCUUGACCUUGCACAGAGCCCUUCUGGAGAUGGUGCCAGCAUGAGGGGAGCUGGGUCAGGUCGGUCUUUUUGGCUGUCUUCUCACCUCUGGGUCUUGUGCAAUGGUGUGGGGGCUGUUACCCAAAUCUGGGGGUUUUCCUACAGCCUCUCCAGCCCCCAGAGCAGAGGUAGAGCAGCAGAGGGAAGGUGGGGAGUGUGGCUUGGGAAGGAGCCCAGCCAUGCUCCAAAUGGUGAGUGCCUGCUCCUCAGGCAGGAAGCUGCAGGCCAGGGGCUGCCAGCCACCCACUUCUCACCUAUGAGAACGUGAGGAGAAACUUGUUUGGUGUGAGGGUGCUGGAGCUGGCUGCCCAGAGUCGUGGAGUCUCCUCUGGAGAGAUUCCAAACCCACCCUGACAUCGUGAUCCUGGGCAAGCUGCUGUGAGAUGCCUCUGCUUUAGCAGGGGGGUUGGACUGGAUGAUCUGCAGAGGUCCUUUCCAAACCCCACUGUGCUGGGAUUUGGGGGUUCUGUUUUACAUCCCCCAGGUGUCCUUCAAAUAACACCAGUACGGAGCCAGGUAGACCCAGUGUCUCCCCAGGUGCGUUCCUGAUGCAUCAUGAGCACUCUGCUUCACCUCCCAGAGCAGCAGCAGCAGCUGUGGAUCCAUCAGCUCAGAGGUGCAGGCUUCCUGAAGGAGCACCGCAGCGGUGGGGAUGCUCCCACCCACAUCCCACAACCCUGGGGACUCAACACAGCUGAGCUGAACCCCUCUGGAGCCGCAGCUGGCUUCAUUCACAGUCACACGUUGGCUGCUCCAGGCCUGUGCUUGUCGCCCAAGCUGCUGGAGGACCUGUGGCUGUCCCUCAAAGUGUUCCUCUCUUGUACUCUCCGUAGCCUUCAGUGUAUCCCCGAGUGCCUUACACAGCUCCUGAGAAAAGCUCCUGACCGUGAAGAGAAAACACACCCAGGGAUCCUUCAGGGGGGCCUGGCACCAGCUCCCUUCACACCCUGGAUGCCACUACCACCCCCCAGCCUGAGGGCCAGUGGUGUGGAUUUGCUUUAGACUCAGGAAACAGCCUUGUGAGUCUGUGUGAUAGACCCUGGACCUACCUAUUUGGCAGAGGAGCCGCCGUCACCUUAUGCAAACCCCUACCCAGAGACCAUGUUUGUCCCCCUUGGGCUGGCAGGCCGUGACCGUGGCCUCUUGGAGAACCCCAGCGACCCUGCCCUGACUGCUCUGUGCUGGGUUCAGUGCUGGAAGGGGACUGGUCAGCCCCACAGAGGGGCUGGGCUGAGCAGUUACAGAAUUUUACAGAUAUUUUUGUAUGGUGAUUCAUAUAAUAUAUAGCAAGAGACUUUCUAUUCAUUUGUAAAGUACCUACAGUAUUGUCAGCUUUUAAUAAAAAGAGACCUUUUAAGCCCUUCA